AUGGACACUGAAGCUGUGCAGCCCCAGGAGGCCUCCCUGAUGGUCAACGAGCAGGUCAUUGUCAUGUCCAGCCAUGAGACCAUCCGAGUGCUGGAGGUGGGUGUGGACACCCCACUGCCAGCUGAGGACGACCAGAAAGCCUUGGAGAUGCCCCCCAGGGAGGUGGCCCAGAGCUCCCCGGGGGAGAGUGGCCACCAGGGUGGAGAGGAGGACAUCCCAGCCAGCACCCGGAGCUCCAGCAGCGGGGAGGCAGCCGGCAAAGCCAAACCGGUGGCACCCCCCAGCACCGUGCCCUCUGCUGGCACCUUCAGCCACGCUGCCAGCCAGCCACCACCAGUGGCCUCGCUGGCCGUGCAAGCCACCCCCCAGGUCUUGACUCAGGAAAACUUAGCAACAGUUGUGACAGGAGUAAUGGUUCCAGCAGGGACAGUUACUCAACCUCUUCUUAUCCCCAUCAGUAUUGCAGGUCAAGUGGCAGGUCAGCAGGGGCUGGCUGUGUGGACAUUUCCUACAGCAACGGUCGCUGCCCUCCCCGGACUGACGACAGCUUCUCCUUCAGGGGGAGUUUUCAAACCACCUUUAGCCAAUCUGCAAGCCACCGUGCUGAACGCAGCCAUCCCGGCGCCGGUGCAGCCUCCUGCCCAGCCGCUGCCGGCUGCGGUGCAGCCCCGGCCGCCCGGCCAGGCCCACGGCGUCUUCCCCGGCCCCGGCUGCAGCCAGCCCCCGAUCCUGCCGCAGCCUCCUGCCACCGCGCCCACGCCGCCCGUGGCCAAGCCGCUGGAGACAGCGCCGCAGAUCAGCGUGCAGCCGGCAGGAUUUGCCUUUAACCCUGGCAUAAUCAGUGCAGCCUCUCUGGGGGGCCAGGCCCAGCUCCUCGGCUCCCUGGCAGCCACCCCGGUGAUUGCCAACACCAUCUCCAGCGUGCAGGGCAUCACGGGCCAGAUCCUGACCAAUGCCCAGGGCCAGGUGAUUGGAACUCUGCCGUGGGUGGUGAACCCCCCGGGGUUGGCAGCAGCCAGCCCUGCCCCAGCCACACUGCCAGCCCAGAGCCUGCAGGUUCAGACAGUGACACCGCAGCUGCUGCUCAAUGCCCAGGGCCAGGUCAUCGCCACGCUGGCCGGCAGUGCCAUCCAGGCAGCUGCCAUCAAGAAAGCUGGCACCCCUGAGCCCCCCCCCAAGAACGAGGUGCAGCCCAUCCAGCCUGCCCCGGCACUGGCACCACCGGCUGUGGUGGUGCCAAGCCCUGCCCCAGCCAAGGGCCCCACGCCUGUGCCCAUCACCUGCUCCGAGACCCCCACUGUCAGCCAGCUGGUCUCCAAGCCCCUGGGCGCCGGCAGCAGCUCGGAGGAGGAUGGAAUCAACCUGGAGGAGAUCCGAGAGUUCGCCAAGAACUUCAAGAUCCGGCGCCUGUCCCUCGGCCUGACCCAGACACAGGUGGGGCAGGCCCUGACCGCCACCGAGGGUCCAGCCUACAGCCAGUCAGCCAUCUGCAGGUUUGAGAAGUUGGACAUCACCCCCAAGAGCGCCCAGAAGCUGAAGCCGGUGCUGGAGAAGUGGCUGAGCGAAGCGGAGCUGCGGAACCAGGAGGGGCAGCAGAACCUGAUGGAGUUCGUCGGGGGGGAGCCCUCCAAGAAGCGGAAGCGCCGCACGUCCUUCACACCGCAGGCCAUCGAGGCUCUCAACGCCUACUUCGAGAAGAACUCUCUGCCCACCGGGCAGGAGAUCACCGAGAUCGCCAAGGAGCUCAACUACGACCGCGAGGUGGUCCGCGUCUGGUUCUGCAACCGCCGGCAGACGCUGAAGAACACCAGCAAGCUGAACGUGUUCCAGAUCCCCUGA